AUGGCCUGGUCGCAGGUAGAUCCUACUAAAGCUCAUGUUGCCUAUGCUUGUAUUGCAGUGUUUUGUUCAAUCUUUUCGUUAGUAUCUUUAUUCGUUAAAGAAAAGUUAUAUGUUGGAGAAUCAAUUGCAGCCUCGAUAUUCGGUCUUAUCGUAGGCCCUAGAUGUUUAAAUUGGUUCAAUCCUAUGAGCUGGGGUAAUGCAGAUGAAAUUAUUCUGGAGAUUACUCGAAUUGUUUUAUGCAUCCAAGUGUUUGCUGGUGCAGUAGAAUUACCUCCGAAGUAUAUGUGGAAGCAUGGUAAAUCUGUCUGUCUUUUGACUAUCCCUGCUAUGGUUGCCGGAUGGUUGAUAGUGGGACUUUUUAUAUGGAUUAUUAUACCAGGGCUAAACUUUUCUUCAGGUUUGUUGGUAGCCGCAUGUAUUACGGCUACAGAUCCUAUUCUAGCACAAUCAGUGGUUUCUGGACGAUUUGCACAGAAUAUUGCCCUUCCAAUAAGAUACCUUUUAAGUGCUGAAUCUGGGUGUAAUGAUGGUAUGGCAUUCCCAUUCGUGUUCUUAUCUUUAGACUUAAUUAAAUACUGGGGUCAUGGUGGUGAAGUUGUAAAAGAUUGGUUAUGUAUAUCAGUCAUUUACGAGUGUAUAUUUGGGUCGUUCCUUGGAAUAGUCAUUGGUUGGGUAGGGAAAGAGGCAAUCAAAUUAGCAAAACGAUAUAAUAUGAUAGAUAAAGAAUCUCUUUUUGCCUUUUAUAUCAUUUUGGCAUUCAUGUGUGCCGGAUUUUCAUCAAUUCUUGGAGCUGAUGAUCUUCUUGCUUCAUUCUUUGCAGGAUGUGCCUUUGGCUGGGACGGCUGGUUCCGUGAGCAAACCGCUGAAAGUAACCUGAUUAAUAUUAUUGAUGUUUUGUUAAAUUAUGCUUAUUUUGUGUAUUAUGGUUCUAUCAUUCCAUGGAGUAGUUUUGAUGAUGAUGAGCUUGGACUGAAAGUUUGGCGUCUAAUUUUGAUUGCAGUUGUUGUCCUAUUUUUAAGAAGACUGCCUAUCACAUUAAUGUUAAAACCUUUCUUACCUGAGAUUAAAACCUGGAAAGAAGCAUUUUUUGUUGGACAUUUUGGUCCCAUUGGUGUAAGUGCUCUAUUUGCUGCUUUAACUGCAAAGGCUGAACUAGAAAAAAGUGUUUCAAAAGAUCAGACUCCGCUUCCAAAAUUACCUCCAAAGGGGUCUAAGCAUUGGCAACUUAUGGCAUCUAUUUGGCCAAUUGUUUGCUUUAUAGUUUUUGUUUCAAUUAUUAUCCAUGGUUCAUCUGUGGCAUUUAUGAUGCUGGCAAAACAUUUAAGCUCAGUUAUACCAGAAACAACAAAAAAAACUUCUCAGAAGGAUGAUCCUAGUACUGAAUUGGAAGAUCUUGAGAAUUUUAAUGAUGUUCUAGAGAGACAAACCAUCAAAUCUUCAGGUAAAAUAAACGAAGAGGAUAGUUCGGAAGAUGAUACUUCUUAUGAAGUUAAUGGACCUUCAACAGUAAUGAAAAGAAAACAAUUGCAAAACGAUAUUGCAAGUAGUACACAUAACGCUAUAUAUCCUGAUGACCAGAUUCAAAGUUCCUAUUCUCUUGAAUCUAUGAGAAAGGAUAUUCUAGGUGUAAACACGGAUGGCGUCUCAAGUUGA